AUGACGGCGAGCUUGGGAGGCUGGGAUGGUGACCCCGCAACGAUGAGCUUGGGAGGCUGGGAUGGCGAUGGCACCGAAGCCGAGAAGAAAACAAUUAACAUCUCGAACGAUAACCGAGAAGUCAUCAUUUUGGAAGAAUUUCGGUACACAAACAACGGUCGCCUUUCAAUCAACGUUUCUUCAGUGUCCAUUAACCCCACCACCGCCAACGCCUCCCGUUUGGCGUUCUUCCUUUCCCCGUCGCCGUUCCUGGGCGAAGCCCUCCACAGAAUGAACGAGGGAUCCGAUUACUGCGUGUUUGAUCAGCCCUACGUGAACCCCAUUUUCACGUUAGACCAUGUUUCUGGGUAUCCCGGCAUGUCAAUAGAAAAGCUGUUUACUAUCUCAAAAGCGGAGGUGUAUUUCCUUUUCUUUGUCAAUUGUGAAAAGAAGGCUUCCGUGACGGCGAGUUUGAGUAUUGAGAUGUACAAUAUCGAGAGGAAUGGUAAGAGGAAUUACCUCUCGGACGGGUCCGGAUUGUUGCCAUCAAUUUUCUUGGCCUCCACCAUGGCCUAUUCUCUCCUGUUCUUAUGGUGGGCUAUACAUUGCCACCUCUACAACCGAAAAUCCACCAAAACCAUCCAUGGUUUGAUGGCCGCAUUGCUUCUCUCUCGCGCCCUCGACUCCCUCUGCCUCUCCCUAGAACAAGAGACCAUCAAACGCACCGGCUCGCCUCACGGGUGGCAAUUCUUGCUGUAUUUCCUACACACAAUCCGGUCAUUGUUGCUAGUAUUGGUCGUGCUUCUCAUCGGGGCGGGUUGGACCGUCUUGAAGCCGUUUGUGCACAAGGAAGGGCAAGCGGCGUUGGGGUUAGGGAUGCUAGUACAAAUAGUGUCUAGCGUUAUGUACAUCCUCAAAUGGGAAACCGGGCUGUUCGUUGAUGGCUAUUUUGCGUACACUAUCCUUUUGUUUAUACUCGACUUCGUUUCGUGUUGGCUUCUCCUUUUGCCCAUUGGUUCAACGAUGAGGGAGUUGAAGAGGAACGCAGACACGGAAGGGAAAGCGGCGAGGAGCCUAGAGAUGUUGAAGUGUUUUAGGAACUUGUUCAUUGGGAUUUUUGUCUACAUUUUGAUCACUAGAGUGGCGUUGUCAAUUCUCCAGUUUAAGGCUUCUACUAAUGGGUGGAGGGAUCGGUGGGUGCUUACUAUUGUUGAGCAGGUAAUCAAUGUGGUGUGUUAUUGGGGGCUUUUCUUCAUGUUUCGACCAACUAGGAGAGAUUAUCCUUUUGUGGCCACCGACCAUGAUGAAGAAGCCGCGCGAGCCGAGCUCGAGAUUAUGUAUGAUUACACCAAAUUCUAUGAGUGA